UCGAUUCUGGCAAGAAGAAGCACAAGGUCAGUGUGGAAGUUAGGUCAUGCCUUUCAUUAGUAUUGUUUGUUUUGCCUUUAAAACCCUUAUUUUAGUUCUUGCUUCUAUCUUAAACAGGUCUUGUAUACUGAUGGUGAUAAAGGAAAGUGCUAAAUCUCAAGAAAAGAAAAAUGGGGAGUUUGUUAGGAGAUGACUUGGUUUCAGAUGGAGACCAAGAUGUUGAACAUUCAAGUCAUGAUACUUCCUCUGACAUGCAAAGGAAGAAGAAAGGUAAUAUAAAUUCCGAAACAUCAAGCAAGCGUCAAAAGAUGGAGGGUUCAACAAAAAGCAAACCAAAAAAUGCCUCAACAAAAUCUGGUGGCAAAUCUAAGGAUAAUGGCAAAUCUAAGGAUGAUGGCAAAUCUAAGGAUGAUGGCAAAGCAGAGCCUGAGUCCAAAGAUAACAACUCAAAGUCAAGUAGAAAAUCUGUAGAUGAAAGCAUAAAACUGAAAGAUCAUUCUCAGAAAGGCAAAACAACUGGUAGAUCCAACACUGAUGUUGCCAAAACAUUAAGCCGCUCAAAGCAAGUCAGUCCAAAGACUCCCAAGUCGAGAGGUAAAACGACACUAAGUGGCAAAGCGAGUGAUGCCAAAAUACCAAAAUCUAGUUCAUCAAAGGUGAAAGAAACUGAUCGGAUGAAGGGAAAAACAGCUGACUCGGCAAAAUCAGGAGAAACGGCCAAGGGGAGAUCCUCAGAUAAUGUGAAGCCACGAGAAGGUGAGACCAAGAGCGCAAAGAAGCGAAGAAAAUGAAUUAUAAGAUGCACCGCCAGUGUGUUGCGUUAUCCUGUCUCUGUUUGUUCGAAUUUUUCUGCAGUGUCUUCAGCAUUUGAAUGUUAAAAUUUAGGAUUUGAAUGUUAAAUUAGGUAGGGAUAUUUAACUGUCUUUUAACUUAAUAUUCGCCAUAUUAGUUGGUUUUGGUGGUGAUGCUGAUGGUAGGUUUUAGUUGUUCAUGUGUUUUAUAUUGAUAGAUGGAUUUUAACGCAAGUAAUAUGUUCUGUUCCAUAUCAUU